GUUCUGUGCUUUUGUUACACAUAUUGGUCUGUGGUCUCAAUCGACCAGUCUUCAGGACAUCCAGAACAAGGUGGGAUACGUCGUGGGAUGGGGCCAGAACGAACACGGUCAUCUUUACACCGAAGAACCAGGAAUGGCGAUGAUGCUGAUAGUGAAUCCGGAGGGAAAUAUGCGCGCAUGCUUACAGAGACUUUUGCAUCGUUGACGAGGCGAUAUUCAUUUGAUUUUAAUACGUUUUACUUGUUAGAAUCUUUUUUUCUUCGUAUCCUCAAAUUUUCUGUCUAAGCACCCUCGAAGUAACACAAUUUCAUACAGAACCAUACAAUUUCUAAUAAUAUUUAGAAAUUAUUUAUUUCGCGCUGUCGUUUUAAUCUCUGUAAAACCUCAAAUAAUUCAUAUGCUCGUCUAUCAUUUCGAUUCCAUUAAAUUUUCCAUCGGCUCAAAUAAAAAGCCAAAAAUUUAUAUUCUACUCGGAUGGAAAUCAUUAAAUUUUGCCACAACAGUUAAGAGAAAAAUCUAUCAUAUUUCUCUUUUUCGUAGCUAUUCUCCGUCAACUUCAGAAUUAUAUAACAAUUUCUGCCGAUAAACUUUUAAGUAACAUGUCAUAUCGGUCGUAACUUAUUGGACAUGCGUGAAAUUCCCAUGGAAUUUCCAAUCGUUACAGUAAAAAACGCGACGUACAGAAAAAAGCGGGUGCUUCAGAUAUGAUCACCUUCUACUUUUCUCUUUGCGAUCGUCAGCUUAAGAUAUUCUGCGUGCCGCCUCGGAUAAAAUGAAUGAUACGACCCAACUCAUGGCCACUUCGACUCGCGAUACCCCACCACCGUACUAUCUGACCGCAUCUUCGACGUGGAAACAGCCAAGGUAUUUCCAGUUACGGCAGAGAAUUGACCAGUCGGAGUCCGGUGAAGACUUGGCGAGACGAUGGAAGUGUAGCUCCAAAAAUUUAAUACGCUGAACUCCGGAUACGGUAGUUGGCAGUUGUUGAAUGUCGCUGGGGAUUUGUACUCAUCCUAAAGUGCUUCUCCAAGAGUACCUCAAAAGUGCCUCGGGACUAAAAAGCAAUAAAUAAUAAAUAUGUGCACGCAAACAUAUUGAAGAAGAAUAAUUCCAACGCUUGGUGUAUAUUUUCUCGAUCGACAAGGAAUUACAGUGGAGUGUUUCAAAAAAUUUGAGAAAAAAUAAACGACCUUGACAGGAUAAAAAUAUAAGAGGAGUGAAAAAUGAUAGCGAAUAGUUACACGCGAGAAUCGCGUUGACUCUUACCUGAGUUUAACGAAGCUGUGAUUAUACAUGUUGCGUUACUGCUGGCUGAGCAACUGCUGACUAAUCAAGGAUUCCUCGAAAGAUGGAUAAAAUUUCAAUCUUGAUCCUUUUGAUGCUACAACUUUACACGACGGAUAUACAAGGGAUAACACCAUGUUCUGAUCUCUAUACAUAUACAGUUAGAUCUGGUGCAGAUGAUAUAUUGGGACAGGUCGAGGUUCCAUUCCCGGCAAAAAGUACUCAGUACAAUUUGAGAGUAGGCUUUUAUACAAUACCUGAUAUACAUACGAUUCAACCAGUCGCUCGAGUAGAAAUAGCACCACCGGUAGAGGAAACCAUUCGAGCUGCUCAACAGGGUAGACCUUUGUUGUAUCACAUUUAUUUUCCUAAGAAUCAAGCAAUUCCAAGAGUAACCAAAAUAUGGUUUAACGAUCAUCAAUUAUGUCCGGGUCCUGGAGACCCCGAAAGUGUACCAACUACUGUUGAGGUGAGACAAAGCGAACCGUCAACCGAACCGCCAAGCCAACCGGUAACAACUACGAAGACUCCGCUUCUAGUACCAACACCGAACAAUCAAAGCCCAACAUCAAUCAACUUUGCUCAUCAAAUAAAGGAAAGAUACAAACCACAAUACAAUAACACUGACCAAUGCGGCCUGAAGGGUUACGUCGAUCAACUGGUUAAGGGAGGAGAAACGACAAAUCCGGCACAAUGGCCGUGGUUAGUGGCACUCUUCGUUCUAAGACCAAACCUCAGGUACCAGUGUGCUGGCUCCGUUCUGACAACUAAACAUGUUAUAACAGCCGCACAUUGCAUGAAGUGGAAUGAUACGACCAACGAUACAAUUCCUGCCAGUGUAUUCGAGGUUGCCUUAGGACGAUUUAAUUUACGCCAGUGGCGUGAGGGGGGUUCUGUUAAUCGGGAAGUCUCUAGCUACACGAUCCAUCCCGAUUAUGCGCACACGAUCACUGGCGACUCUGAUUUAGCAAUUUUGAACCUCGUGGAGCCUGUCGAGUUUAGCUCUUUUAUUAAACCUGUUUGCCUGUGGCCUGGUUCAGACACUCUUCGGAAUGUUAUCGAUAAAUUAGGAUACGUUGUGGGGUGGGGAAAAGAUGAGCAUGGUAAUUAUCCCGACACCCCACGGAUGGUGAAAGUGCCGAUAGUAAGCCAGGAGACCUGUCUCCGGAGUCACAAGGCUUUCUACGAACUCACUUCGUUGCGAACUUUUUGCGCCGGUGCGCGAGAUCUCAGAGGUCCUUGCAACGGCGACAGUGGGAGUGCGUUAACGAUCUAUGACGAUAUCGUUAACCGCUAUCAGUUACGCGGCGUUGUUUCGAGGUCAUUACACACUGACGAAGGCAAUGUAUCGUGCGAUCUACAAAAUUACGUUGUUUAUGUCGACGUAGCCAAAUAUAAAACCUGGAUUGUAGAGCAGAUCUCCACCACGUAACCCUAGUUUCUUGCAGAACUCCAAAUGUGUUAAUAGAUAUACUUUUUAUAUAAAUUCUAUCUAAAUUACUAUACCAUAUUAUCAUAGGUACAUGAGAAUUAAAGUUACGAAUUUUACUAUCAACUUUUUACGGUGAUUGUUGUUACCGUAAUGCAUUUAUUACAAUAAUAAAAUGUGUUAGUGGAUAUAAAUAUAGGUAACUAAAAAAUAGGUCUGUUUUCUAAACUUAUUAUAAGUGGACUUAUUAUAUUACAAAUUCGAGAUGAAUCGUAUUAUACAGGGUGAGGCCAUAACUUUGUUCACCUUGAAAUCUCCGCUAUUAUAAUUACGAAAGUUAUGCUAUAUCAAGGGAGCCAUAGUAUGUUAGUAAUCUUUUAUCACAAAGUGAAGGCGCUACGGAGAUUUCAAGGUCAACUCUUUUUUUUAACCCCCUAUUGUUUAUUAUACUAGCUUAUUCUACUGAGUAAUAUAAAUAACU